AUGUGGACUCCUUUGAAUGGCUUGUGUUCCACUUCGACCACACGUUUACUUGCUAGUAUGUUUGAUACUGAAUUUAAGUAUUUUUGUCCGAUUUAUCGUCCUGUUUCUCAUGUUCAAUUGUAUCACCGCACACCUUGUAAGUAUGCAUUAUGUUUAUUAUGGUUUUUUAGCCGUUCAUUGUUUCCGGCCAUAUUAUUUCACAAUUACUCUACUGCAUACCGCACCUCGUAAGAAUGAGGUUUUCUUUUCCUCCCUUCCAAUCCAUGUGGAUGUCGUCGCGUUCAAGGCGCUGUUUGAAUGCUGA